AUGACGACCCGUCCGCCAUCAUCGGAGGACGAGGAGAGUGCACCGCCGCUGCGGGUGCAGAUAGCGAUGAACAUGGACGCCAUGGUUUCGCAGCUGCGCCACGACUCGUCGGAUGACACCCUCUCGUGCCUCCCAGACGCCGCCCUGCUCCAACAAUCCGUCGCCGCCGCGCGCUUCACGGAAAUAAUGGCCGCCGCUUCGUUGGGUGCGCGUGAUGCAGCGAUAGACGUUGAUUUGCAAGGGACACCAUUGAUUGUAGAGCAAGGCAGGCAGGUGGUAGGCGGGGUGCCUCCGCGUACGCAGCUGCUACCCGCGCUGCAGGCGCACCCCGCGGAGGCUGGGGGGAAUGAUGCUCUAGGGACAGACGCGGAUGAGGAGGGGGGAAUGGACGACGAGGGGAGGGAUGGGGAUGAGGGGAUGGUGGGUCACGAGGGGGAAGAAGGGGGGGAGGGUGAAGGAGGGGGGCAGGACGAGGGCGGGGAUUCACGGCAGAGAAUGCGGAGGCGAGUGCAGGUGGAGCGAGUGAGGCGCCAGCGAGUCAGGUACCUCACCGCCCACCCACCUCUACCCCACUGCAUCGCCUCACCGCCCACAGCAGUCUCUUGA